AGAUCUGAUUGCGGGAGAUUUGCCAUUAUACUUGUCAUAGUUGAAAAGUGUAUAAUGCUUGCUUUAAAAACACCACACUAAACAAAAUCCGACUUCCUCCAUUCCCGAAUCAGGUUCCAAAGAUAUCACAGCCAAAUCUCUUUCUAUUGAAAUAGAUCUACCGAUAAACAAACCAAUCGGUGAAGAUAAUAAAAACAAAACCCCUAAUACAAAACAACGCCGUCAAAGAUCCUUCAAGAAAACUAUAAAACUAACAUAAACCUAAAAACAAGAAGCUGCUAGGGGCAGCAGACAGAAACAUGCUAAAAAAGCAUACUCGUGUGAUAAUCUUUUUAAAAUUUUAUAAUAUUUAGUAAUAUGUUUAAGUUAGAACUGAUUUAUAAAAAAAUAAGAAGUGUAGGCGAAGAUGGUUAAUUUAUAUUUAUAUGUAUAGUUUUUGGGUGAAGGGUUUUGGAAAUUCUUUCAAGCAACAAAUUUUGUAAUGGCCAAUCAGUCCUCCCGUUACCCAAUCCUCUGCGCUUCCUUCAAUCAAGACAACAGUGGUUUUGCAAUAAGCACUAAAGAUGGCUUCAAAAUUAUCGAUUCAAACACCGGAAGGCUCUGCUACGAUCGUGCUGUUGGAGCUUUUAUUAUUGUUGAAAUGCUGUAUAGUUCAAGUCUUCUCGCCAUUGUCGGAGCCGGUGAACAGCCAUCUUUAUCUCCACGCCGUCUCUGUUUGUUCAAUACAACAACCGGUGCUCCUCUCCGAGAAAUGACUUUCCUGACUUCAAUUCUUGCUGUUCGCUUAAAUAGGAAAAGGCUUGUUGUGGUUUUGCAAGAGAAAACAUACAUAUAUGAUUCAAACAGUCUUUCAAUGUUGGAUACCAUUGAUACUGUGCCAAAUUUAAAGGGACUUUGUGCAUUCUCCCCUAGUUUGGAGGGUUGCUUCUUGGCUCUUCCUGCCAGCACGGCCAAAGGAGCUGUAUUAGUGUACAAUGUCAUGGAGCUUCAGUUGCAUUGUGAGAUAGAUGCUCACCGGUCUCCUUUGGCUGCAAUUGCCUUAUCUUCCAAUGGGAAAUACAUUGCAACAGCAUCUGAACAGGGAACUAUAAUUAGAGUUCAUUUGGUUUCAGAAGCAACUAAGUCAUACAGUUUCCGGAGGGGAACAUGCCCGUCAACCAUAUUUUCAUUGUCAUUUGCACCAUCAUUGCAACUUCCAGAUAUUCUUGUGGCCACAAGCUCUUCAGGUUCUGUUCAUAUCUUCUCUCUGGGGUUUGAGACAAAUCAGAGUUUGUUAACUCUAAGCAGGACCAAAAUGUCAGGUAGUUUUCUUGGAUCAAUAUUACCUUAUUCUGUGAAUGAUGCACUAGAUCCAGCUCACCAUCAUGUGCUUCACAAUGCUGUUUCUGCGGGAGUCAGAAGCUAUGCAGUGGUACGGAAGGUAGACAAAGUUGCUGAUUCAUCCUCAUCUGAGAUUGCAUCUUGUAGGGCCAUAAUAUCGUUGAUAGCAUACAAUGGGUACUUUCAGGAAUAUACCUUCACUCUCAACAGCCAGAACGAGUCUACAUGGAGCCUGGAGCGUGAAUUCAACCUUGUGGCAGUCAUUUCAGGUAAUGCGGAAACCUCAUGACACCUUUAAUGGUCGAACCUCAAUCGAAAGGAGUUGUUGUAAUACUUAGCUUGAUGUGUUAAAUUAAAUUAUUAUAGAAUAACAGAAUUAAAAUCGAAGGUUAUUAUUAGGAUCAAUGUAAUAUUAUACAUGUAAAUGUAAAUAACUUAAUACUGUUUCUCAAUAUGCAUACCCUGUUAACUUA